AUGAAAUACUGCUUCGCUGUUUGGUUCCCCACCACGCCUGCUCUCUUCAAGGAGUAUGGGGAGGUGCUGGUGGCGAGCGGGGAGUAUGGGGAGGUGCUGGUGGCGAGCGGAUGUGUGGGCGAGGCCAUGCGCGUGUUUGAGACGAAUGAGCUGUGGGACCAUCUCAUCGACUGCUACAGUCUUAUGGGGAAGAGGGCAGCAGCAGUGGCGCUGGUGACGGCAAGGCUGAAACAUAGUUUUUCAACCCCAUCCCAUCCCCCUCCACUCCUCCCAUUAUCCCAUCCCAGCCUGCUGGGCAAAAGAGCAGCAGCAGCAGCGCUGGUGACGGCGAGGUUGAAGGAGCAGAAGGAGGAUCCGCGCCUGUGCCUUUUGGGAAAACGGGCAGCAGCAGCAGCGCUGGUGACGGCGAGGUUGAAGGAGCAGAAGGAGGAUCCACGCCUGUGGUGCUGCCUGGGGGAUCUGACGGAGAAGAAAGAGUGCUAUGAGAAGGCCUGGGAGUUUUCCCGACACAGAUAUGCACGCGCACAGAGAGCACUAGCACGCAUGGCAAUGAACAGCAAGGAUUUCAAGGCAGCCAUGGCUCACUGGGAGGCUGCGCUGGCAAUCAGCCCGCUGCAUGCAUCUGCCUGGUUCUCCUUGGGCUACUCUGCUAUUCAGGCGUGUGAUGGGGACAAGGCGCUGUAUGCGCUCACACGUUCAGUGCAGAUCGACCCCGACAACGGGGAGGCGUGGAACAACCUGGCGGUGCUGUGA